AUGAACAUUGUGCUUAUAUUUCCAGGUGAUUGCUUUGCUCCCUUCCCCUCUUUGCUAGCCCGUCCGCCACUCCCCUUGCCUCAUGAAUAUGCUUCUCCUCCACCUCAUAUCGAAGCUGUGGCACCUGAAACUGAAGGCGAUGGCUUCUACUCUCCGCUUAAAGCUCCUGUGCCCGCUCCAUCCAUGGCUAUGGAAUCGGACACUAAUGAGUCUUCUCCAAAGCUCCCUCUUGCAACACCCUUCAGUUAUAAUGCUAAACAUUUGGGGAAAAGGAAGAACUGGUCGAUGCUGGAGCUACGGAGUACACCCUAUCAAUAUCUUCAUCUCGGUCUCAAUCUCUCUCUAGAUUUUCCGGUUUCCAUGAGCACCCAAGGAGGCUCAACUUCAUCACCGUCUUCUUCUUCAACACCUCGGUGGACAUACGAUGUCUUUCUCAGUUUUAGAGGCGAUGACACCCGUAAAAACUUUACGGAUCAUCUAUAUAAUGCUUUGAAGAAUAAAGGCAUUUUUACCUUUAGGGACGAUACAGAACUUGAGAGAGGAAAAUUCAUCUCACAAGAGCUCGUAAAAGCCAUAGAAGAAUCAAGAUUUGCCAUUGUCAUUUUCUCAAUAAACUAUGCAUUUUCGACAUGGUGCUUGGAUGAGCUAGUGCAUAUUGUUAGAUGCAAGACUGAGAAAAAAUUGGAAGUUUUGCCAAUUUUUUACCAUGUGAAUCCAUCUGAUGUACGGAAACAGAUGGGAACUUUUGCAAAAGCAUUUGAUGAACACAGAGAAAAUUUUAAGGAGAGUGUAGAGAAGGUGGAAACGUGGAGAACUACUUUGAGAGAAGUGGCUAAUAUCUCUGGUUGGGAUUUACAAAAUAGACAUGAGUCAGAAUUUAUCCAAGACAUUGUUGAAAAUAUGAUGAAGAAAUUGAGUUUAAAAUUCUCAAGAAUUAACAAAAACCUCAUAGGAAUAGAAUCUAAAAUGGCAGAAUUGAUCCCUUUGUAUUUAGAUUUUGGGAAUAAUGUUUGCAUGAUAGGGAUUUGUGGUAUGGGGGGAAUGGGAAAGACAACUCUUGCUAGAGUUGUUUAUGAUAUGUAUUCUGAUCAAUUUGAAGUUUCUGGUUUUAUUGCUAAUGUCCGGGAAAAGUCGGGAAAAGGUGGUUUGCUUCAUUUACAGGAACAAUUUCUUGAAGAAAUUUUGGGGGAAAGAAAUAAAAAGAUACGGGAUAUUCAUCAAGGAGUUGAAAUAAUCAAGAAUAGGUUACAUCAUAAAAAAAUUCUACUUGUCCUAGAUGAUGUUGACCACGUGGACCAAUUAGAAAAUUUGGCUGAGCAUCACUGGUUUGGAUUAGGGAGUUGGAUCAUCAUAACAACUAGAGAUGAACAUGUGUUGGUCAAACAUGGAGUUCUUAAAAUAUAUAAGCCUAACGGACUAAAUAAUGAUGAUGCCUUGAAACUUUUUUGUUUGAAAGCCUUCAAAAAUGAGCAACCCAAAGAGGGUUAUAUGCAGCUCUCUCAGGAAGUUGUAAAAAAUGCUAGUGGCCUUCCAUUAGCUCUUGUUACUUUGGGUUCCUUUUUAAUUGGAAGAACAAUAGAUGAAUGGCAAAGUGCAUUGGAAUAUUUAAAAAAUGAUCCUACGAUAGAUAUAUUUGAUAUACUUAAAAUAAGUUAUGAUGGACUAGAGGAAAUGUGGAAGGAGAUAUUCUUAGAUAUUGCGUGUUUUUUUACGGGUUCAGGAAAAAAUUAUGUAAUACGUAUAUUAGAAAAUUGUGGGUUUCAUGCAAUAAUUGGUAUAAGAGUUCUCAUGGAUAAAUCUCUCCUAACUCUCACAUAUAACGAUAACAAUUCCGAUGAUGAUGACAAUGAGUAUUUGGGGAUGCAUGAUCUACUAAAAGAAAUGGGUCAAAAAAUUGUUCGUCAACAAUCAUGUGGAGAGCUUGGAAAGCAAAGUAGGCUGUGGCUUUUGCAGGACUUGUUUCAUGUAUUGGAGAACAAUAUGGCAACAAAUGCAAUUCAAGCCAUAGGCAUCACCAAUUGGAAAGCAAAUUUCAACUUUGAAGAAUUUCCUGAAGUUUUUUCAGAGAUGUCUAAUCUUAGAUUGCUAAUAAUUGAUUGGUUGCACAUCCCAAAUGCUCUCAAUCGUGUUCCUAAUGGCCUAAGACAUCUUUCAUGGAAAUCUUGUUCGUUAAAAUGUUUGCCAUCUAGUUUCCAACCAAAGGAACUUGUUGGACUUGACUUGUGGAAUAGCAAGUGUGAAUAUCUUUGGGAAGGAGCAAAGUGUUUAGGAAACUUAAAGUGCAUCAAUCUUUCCUAUUCCUGGUUCCUUAUUUGGACACCUGACUUUUCAGGGGUUCCGAGACUUGAGGUACUAGACCUUGCUUGGUGCUCUAAUUUGGUUGGGUUACACCCAUCUAUUGGACAACUCAGCAAGCUUAAAAGUUUAGAUCUGAGUUACUGCAAUUCUCUUACCAAUCUUCCCAGCUUGUCAGCUAAAAUGGAGUCCCUUAUGUCUAUUGAUCUUUCUGAUUGCUCAAAAAUCAAGAAGAUUCCAGAAUUUAAGGGAACUAUGAAAAGCCUAUUGCAACUUCAUUUGCGUUGGACUGCCAUUGAGGAACUACCACCCUCAUCAAUCGAGUGUUUGACUGCCCUUGAAAUUCUAGAUCUAAAUGGCUGCAAAGAUCUCAAAUGCCUUCCAAGCAACAUGGAUAGUUUGAGGUCUCUUAAAUUUCUCAAUCUUUCUUGGUGCUCAAAGCUUGCCAACCUGCCGGAGAACUUACGGAAAAUAAAGUGUUUGGAAAGACUUGAUUUGACAGGGAUGUCUCAACUUGAAGAAAUAGAACUUAAUCGUAUAGGCUGCUUGUCCUCGUUAAAAUAUUUAUCACUAUGUUGCCACAAAUUUGUCACCCUGUCUGCAAUCUUCAGUCAACUUUCAAAACUUGAAGAUCUUGAUUUGAGCCACUGCGAGAAGCUUCGAUCAGUGUCAGAGCUUCCAUCAAUCAUGAGAUAUAUAAAUAUGGAAAGCUGUUGUUCCCUAGAACCAUCACCGGCACUGCUUAGACAAAGCAGUUUGUCACAACCUUAUUCUUCCCCAUUUUCUCGUGGGUAUGAUGAGAGCAGUGGUGGAGUGGCAUUUACGAUAUUGAACCGUUACCUACAGGGACUCUUUUGUCAAAAAACUGGAUAUGAAACUGCUACCAAAAGAAAAGAGGAUGGAUCUAAAACUGAAUUUCAGAUCAUUAUUCCCGGAUGUUUAGUUCCGCGGUGGUUAACUCAUCAAAGUUGGGGGAACUCAAUAAGCAUAGUGUUGUCUCCAAAUUGGUGUAAUAGUAGGUGGAUGGGAUUCACUCUAUGUGCUCUUUUCAAUGCAUAUGUCUAUUCUGGUUUUAGAGCUCGUGUGAAAGCCAUUGGUGAUAUGCCUCACAGUCAAUAUGUCUCUGAAUAUCAUUUUGGGACAUGUGUGGAUCACGUUUGGUUAUUGUAUUUAUCUCGUGAUGAUUGGUUUAAUACUGUUGGGAAUGGUGAAUGCAGUCAGAUUGAGGUUGUAUUUGAAACGGACCCUGGUGCAAUAUAUCCUAGUUCAGAAAAUCCUGUGGGGCGAUGUGGGGUCAGUUUGGUAUACGAGCAAUACACAGAACUGAUGGAAGAGUUAAACCAAGCAAAUGCACAAUGCUGCAGCAGUAACCGUGUCAUUACUUAUGAAGGUUGGGAUGGUGUCCAUCAUGGAUUUGUCAAUUCAAAGAGAAGCCGUGAUGAGUGUGAUGACUUAAGCACCCGUUUGGAUUCAGAUUAUAAGCGUCUGCGUCUGCGUCUGCGUCUGCUUUUU